CUGCCGGAAUCCUACCGCCAGCAAGAACGAGAUCGCGGCGCCAACGGUAGCACUCGGCCGCAGCCGAGUGGCUAUGGUGUUCACCAGAAUCAGCAGCAGCAUCUGCAGUCGUAUGGGCAGGGCAGUUCUUCAUCGGAGUACUCGGGCUUCCCGUCGGGGACACAUCCUGAUGUGAUUCGGAGCUUUGAGAUGGUGGAUGUUGAUUGGAGUGGGUAUAUUGAUGAGAAGGAGCUGCAACGAGCUCUCUCUUCUAGAUAUCAGGACGAUUAG